ACGUUUUGCCCGUUUUGCAAGUUUUUUUUCUGGUCUGCUGUCUCCUCGCGAUUGACAUCAUUAUUCUGAGAAGGAAGAAAACUAGAAAAAUUACAAUUUUAUCAAAAGAGUGUUCUGUUUUAAAGGACAAAAUAGUUGGUCUAUUGGAGCAGCAUGAAACUCUAGCUUCGAUUAGCUGUUUUUCGGAAGUCAUCCGUCAUCGGAAUAAUCUCCUGUAAUAAGAGUACCGACAUGUGCCGCGUCUGACAGUGUUCAGCUCGUUUGCGAAGUGAUUUUGUAUGGGAAUGAGAAAGAUCUCAUGUUCCUAUUUUGACAGCGUCGUCACUUUUUAUUACAGCCACUUUAUUUCGGAGGUGGCAGCUACUGAACAUUUGCCGCUAUCAGAUUCUUUUAGAAAAGCCGGAUAAAAAUAACUUGUGAAAGUUGGUUAACAAUAGUUUUGGGAGCCUAAUCGAGUACAAAGUCAGUGGAACCGUUAGGAUGGAAGCACUGGUGGAAAAUUCGGCGAAUCCUCCGAGCCGAUUCUACUGUCAUUCGUGUUCAGUAGAAAUUGAUCAAGUUUCAUCGAAUUUUACUUGUCCGAUUUGUUCCGAAGGAUUUAUCGAAGAACUGCCGGCUGCCGAUAGGAGUAAUAAUCCACCAUCUCCGCUUCCAGCAGGAUCCGAUGGUGAGGCAAUAAGACUGGUGAGCGAGAUCUUCAGCAACAGUAUCCUGCCUCCUCUUUUGCUAUCUACUGCAAGUGGACCACGUGGUUCCGAUUCCGACGGAGCUGGCUCACUGGGGGACGAUGGUGCGGAUACGCCCGUAGCACUGGGCGCUUCUGUCGGCGGUGGAGGAGGAGGCGGUCGCACUAUUAUGAGAGGCCUUGGGAGACAACGCAACAGACGCCGCGGUAUGCAAAAUAUUAGCAACCUGGACAACAUCCUGCGGGAGAUAUUGAUUUCGGUGGCAGACGGUGCCAACGGAGGAGCCGGUGGGACUCCCAUGUUCUUCAUGGGCAAUCCAGCUGACUACGCGUGGGGCAGGGAGGGGUUGGAUACGAUCGUGACCCAAUUGCUCAACCAAAUGGAUAACACGGGGCCACCGCCACUGGAGAAGGAAAAAAUUGCAGAGAUUCCGAAAGUCACAAUUAGUGCCGAGCAGGUGGACACGAAGCUCCAGUGCUCGGUCUGUUGGGAAGAUUUCCAGAUCGAUGAAGUCGUACGGAAAUUGUCCUGUGCUCACGUUUAUCAUGAGUCGUGUAUCAUUCCAUGGCUGGAGUUGCAUGGUACGUGUCCGAUAUGUCGGAAGAGUCUGGCACCAGAGCAGCAACCAGACGAACAGCGUGGCCUAGCAGCUGCAGCGAAUGCCGUUGCCAACACGUUACGAUCGCUCCAUUCGGAAGGAUUCCCGGGAGCAGCGAGUCACUCCUCAUCAUCCUCGGUCGACGAGGGAGGACCAUCAUCAUCAUCUAGUCUACUAGUCGAUCUCGGCCAGCCGAUGUUUUCCUUCAGCACCGGUGCCGGUGCCAGCACGGGAAACCCCAGGUCCAGCAUGACAACGUCGCGAGAGAGCAACGCCAGCUCGUCGUCGUCCGCAGCAUCCACCUCCGCCCCCAACACAUCGUCGGCACCCGGCAGUAGUAGUUCCGGCACAUCCGGAACCAACAACACGGAUAACCCCAAACUUACCGGGAGUGUGUCAAUGUAAAUAGUGGCCCCCAAAUCCUAUUAUAGGUAAACAGUUUUCAAGAAUUUUCUGUUCCUUUUUGUAUUGUUUUUUUUUAUUCUUUAUUAUAGAGGUUUUCAGUCCUUGACUGGUUCACCUAGAACCGUCCAACCGUGACAUCAUAGUUCUAAGCUCUUCUGCUACUAAGCCGGCGAUCAUGAGAUACUCAUGCAACAGUUUAAAAUACUAAAGAAAAAUUGCCAAUUUAAUCCGAAAAGCUCCUUGUCUGUCUAUCUACAAAAAUUAAAUAAAAAUCAAAUGAAAACUAUAAGUUCUCAUUUAAGAAACAGAAAAUAAAAUAAGAUUGAUAAUAAUCGUAAUUUGAACACCGCAAAAACAUGCGUUAAUAAAGGUCAUCUUAUGCUUCGGUUUUGUAAUAAAUAGCUACUAAUUAAGAAACGCACUUCUUCCAGUUGAUUUAAUUAUCGGGAAGUAAUGUCAUAAUGGUAAAAUUAUUUUCAAUAUUCACGCACCCCACAGAGAUUUCUAACGAGCAAAAACAGAAUCGUCGCCAAAUACAGAAACGGCUCUUUACUAAAUGAAUAAAACAAAUUGUGCUAUAGUAGUUUAACUAAAUAACUGAUUAUUUAUAAGAAAAAAAUCUAUACUGAGCAUCUUUCCGAAUCAUCCUAUCCAGGCGAAGCACAGCUACUAUUUGGAAUAAAUUAUGACUACAGUACACUUGUAUAAAUAAAUAAAGUGGUUAAUUUGUACCCAUUAAUAACAAACAAUAAAAA